AUGAUCAAAGAAAUACCCCAAUACGUCAUGGAGAUGCUAGAAGAGCAAACCGAUAGGCGCGACCCGGCACAGAUCACUACGCAGGUCGCACCUUCUUCACCAGCACCAUCCUCCCCACUGCACGUCCAUGCCGAACCUCAGGCAGAAUGCCAUACAGCUCUAGAGUCUGCAGGCUCAGAAUCUAGUGAAAGCACCCAAAUAACGACCGUUGCAAAUACUCACAACGCCCGUUCCGACUUGGGCACAUCAACGCUGGGCGUUGACUCGCCUAGGAAUACUGAAGCACGUAUUCAGGCACACCUUCAAACCCACUCGCCACCUGUGACUGGGAUUUCUAUAGUUUCAGAACUUGAGGGAUGUUUGGAAACAAAGGCACAACUACAAGAAGAUGUACCUGUCCCUCACACGACUUCGCUCAUUCCUCCCCCAAGUCAGGAUCAGGAUAACAAAACGUCUAUGACGCCACCAGCUACACCCCCUCAGGGUACGCUGAAAGUAGCAAAGCAUGCGCGCCUGGGGCUCUCCAUAAGCUUUGAAAAUACACGACACAGCAUGCGCUAUAAGAGUUUCAGGAUGUUCAUGAUCGGUUCGCGUGGAUUCGAGCGCGCUAAUUUACUACCCACAAGGCAGACGAGGCCUCCACUGCUGAAGCGGCGGUAUAGCAUCGAUGUCAAUACUACUGAAAACUGGGGCACCUGCUUCGCAAUGGACUGGGAAGAAACAGAUAUCAGGUGUCCGCCUCGUCAGUACAAAUCUCUCGACUUGGAACCUCUACCCAUUCUUUUCCACUGGAGUUUUGUUCCCCAUCCUGGUCGAUAUCCCGCAUUCAUGACAAUGUUCCAAUUGCACCCGCGAUUUGAUUCCAACGUGUAUCUCAGACUAGGGGAUAUCACAAUUCAAAACGAUGCUUUCUGCCAUAUCAAAAGUACAAGCUGGGAUCAUGGCGAACCUUGGAUGCGAGACGAAAGUCUAGACAUGGCUCUUGAAGUCCUCCGUCGAGAUUACAAUUGUGAAAAUCAUGGAAUCGCAAUCACCAACUCCAUGGUCUCACAAAUAUGCCUUUUCGCUGCGGAAAGUGAAGAUAGUAGUCCCCAGGAGUACGCUCAGUAUAGAGCACGUUUCGAAAACAAGGCGUGGAUUUUUCUUGUCAUCAACGAUGCAAUCGGUGGCGUUGAGAAUGGCUGCUUGCAAGGAAAUCACUGGUCGCUUCUCGCCAUCGACAGAAUACAUCAUACAGUCUCGUAUUACGAUUCUCUAUUUCUUGGCAACGACCACCCUCGACACCUUGGUUUUCAAAUCGGUCGAGGCAUGCUGAAAAUCCUCGGAGAAGAUGUCAAAAAUUGGCAAUAUCGAAUCCAGCAGUACACCCCGCAUCAAAACCACCACAACCAAUUCAGCUUCGAUGAUGGUGCCUGUGGACCUUUCGUGUACAAGAUGACGGAAGUACUGAUCAAGCGCAUCAAACUUUGCCAAUUGCGUGGUGAGGAAGACGAAUGCUUCCUUGAUCUGUGUGAAGGCUUCCCGCUAGAUUUCAAAAGACACUUUCACUCGUUUCUAGUUCGCUGCGAGAUACAGAGGAGGAUUGCCCGCUGGAAAGGCAUCAUGGAUGCGCCUCAUUUCGCAGAUGACCGUGACCGUCAGGCCAUACGUGGCGACUUUGUUGAACUAGACGACAGUCCGGUUAUUGAUUUCGAAAUACCGCGCCGACCAGAAACACCUGUAGACUGGCUUGCCUCCCUGGAAGAU